UAACUAGCCUAGGCUAGCUAGCCAUCUUGACAAGAAUGAGGGAGGUAGCCGCUGUUCGGAAUUUCAGUUCCCUAAAGUGUGAAAUAGAGACGAUUUAUUCUUGGAAAUGUGUUACAUAUACCUUUGAAACAAGUGUUAGUAUUGAAUCGUUUUAAGUUCGUAAGUCAAGAGGGGAGAGGAGACUUGUUCCGAGAGAUGUCUUACAUACUUGUCCCAACGUAAAGGAGUGUUGUUGUAGCCAGCUAGCUAGUUGAGUGGAGAGGUACGGGCCCGCUUCACAGUCGGACUAAAGUAGCUGCCGCAGCUGGGGAACUAUAUCUGCGACAGCCGCCAUCUGACAACUACGGGGUCCGGACAUUACUUUACUGAACAGGCCGGUACGGACGGAUCAAAGCUUUGGAUCAGUUAUCGAAUUACUACUUCUAUUGGCAAACGCUGCAUUGCUGGACUUGGAAGGGUUGGUCUUCAAUGUUAUGAACUCGUAAAAUGCAACAGGAGACGAGAGGAGGAAGGAACAAGGAUGACUCAUACUCCUCUUGAUAAUAGUUAAAAAAAACUUACAUCGAUGCAAAUUCGCUGUUUCAGAUAGCCAGUUGUCAGCUGAUAUUAGCUAACUCGCUUGCUUUUAACGCGAGACAUUUAGACGGGAGUUGUGAACGCAGGCUCUCAAAAUGUCUAAAAUGCCGGCUAAAAAGAAAAGCUGUUUUCAGAUCACAAGUGUGACACAGGCUCAGGUGGCGGCCAGCAGUGCCACGGACGACACGGAGAGCCUGGACGACCCAGACGAAUCACGGACUGAAGACGUGUCGUCGGAAAUAUUCGAUGUGUCCCGGGCCGACUUCGAGCCGGAGGUAUGUGAUCGAAGUUCGUCUGAGGAAACCCUAAACCAUGUAGGGGAGCAAGAGGCACCCGGUGUUAUGGCCCCACCGCGUAGUGUACCUAAAGUUGGGCAGAUACCUGCAAUGUCGGGGCCUCCAAAUGAAGGUUUUUCUAUUCGAAAGGCAGGAGUGGCAGGCUCGCCUCAUGUUAGCCAGCAAACACUGGGAAGUGGUUCGUCAAGUGGCCUCCCUAUUGCUCAGUCCGGGCUCAUGCCACAGCCUGCCCCAGUGGCCAGUUGGGGGGUUACAACAGUGUCAGUGAGCACAUCCCAGCCCGUAGUGACUAGUUUAACCCCUACUUCUACUACGUCAUCGACAGCAAGUUGCAGUUCACGUUUCAGGGUCAUCAAACUUGACCAUGGUACUGGAGAGCCCUUCAGAAAGGGCCGAUGGACUUGCACAGAGUUCUAUGAGAAAGACUCAGAGGGUAACACUGUGGUUAACAGGACUACGGAUAACAUUAGGCAUGCCAAUGCGUUUGACCCCAGCGCUGACAGGGACAGCGGGCUGGGGUUGACGGGUGGUACGGUGGUUGCACCGUCGACUCACUCCGGCCAGGGCCUAGACUCCAUAGUGGACGCUGCUGCUCUUAAUGCCUUGCACGUUCACCCAAUGGACACACUGCAACAGCAGCAGCCCCACCACCAAAAUUACAACAUUGGGCAGCCUGGAACAGCCACACACAGCACUUUCCCCACCAACAACCUCAUGGCUGUCCCUGGUCAGCAGCCAACGCUGAGUACUAUCCAACCCGCUGCCAACCAGAAGCUUUUUUCUGUGGGGCUCAACGGUCUUCCUCAAAGUGGCAUUCACAUACAGAAAUCCCCAAGCAUGACCCCUGCAGCCCAGACCCAGACGCUGGCUUACCCUCCCCAGCAGCAGGCCAUGCUACAGCAGCUUCCACUGGGACAGCACCUGCCCAACCAGCCCCCAGGCCUGCCCCAGAACCAGGCAGACUACUACCAACACCAACAGAACCAGCCUGGCAUGCAGGCAGUGGCCUCAGCCGGCCAGACCCUCUAUGUGGGACAGACUGUGGGUCAGGGCCCGUCACUGGUCAUGACUCCCGCCACCGGGGUUCCGAUGCUGGGGCAGGUAGGGGAGAUGGCAGCGGUGGGGGGAGGAGGUUCUUUACCUGUCAGUCAGCCAGCUUCAGGCCUGAUGGGUGGAGGUGUUGGGUCAUCCAUGGUACUGGGCGGAAGCUCUACUCUGCAACAGCUUGUAGGUCAGUAUGCCCCCACGGGUAUUCGUCAACCCGUCAGCCUCCACCCUUCGCCCCCCGGCACCCAAAACGUACCCACCAUUGUGCCCAGUGCCUCCAGCGCCACCACAUUAGCCCCCACUGUCAUGCCAAACCUGACUGCCUCCUUGUUGCCCGGGCAACAGGCCCGCGAUGGCAGGGGGGCGCAGGGCCUCCCGGCGGCCGGGUUCAGCCAUGUGGAGGAGGGCCAGCCUCCCGCCUUCUCCGAGAAAAACCUGAUGAAGAUCCCUGAGAGCCUGCAGCUGGCCAACAACCCCUCUGUGAACAGCCUGUUUGGAAUAGCCAUAGACGGGGACGAGGACAGGACCCCCUCCAUGGUGUUCUACCGGGCCUUCCAGUCUGGCAGCAGGCUGCAGGACUCUAAGGCCCACAGUGAUAGUGCCUCUGGAGCCAGUGUUGUUGCCAUUGAUAACAAAAUCGAACAGGCGAUGGACUUGGUGAAAAGCCAUCUGAUGUAUGCAGUGCGUGAGGAGGUGGAGGUGCUGAAGGAGCAGAUCAAGGAGCUGUUUGAGAGGAACUCUAUGCUGGAACAGGAGAACGCCGUGCUGAAAUCCCUGGCCAACAGCGACCAGCUGUCUGAGCUCUCCGUCCGGCCGGCCGCCACAAACUCCUCCUGCAGCACGCCUCCCCAGCAAGGGGUAGGCCAAGGCCAGCCUCAGCUCCAGGCCCAGCCUCAAACGCAGCCUCAGCUCCAGGCCCAGCCUCAAACGCAGCCUCAGCUCCAGGCCCAGCUUCAAACGCAGCAGCCUCCGCUUCAGCCCCAGCAACUCCAGCCCCAGCAGGUCCAGCCUCACCAACUCCAGCCCCAACCCCAGCUUGACGCCAGCCAGCCUUUGCUGCAACCGCAGCCCAACGGCAACUCCGCUUGAAGUGCAUCCUCCCCAGCAGGAGAAAAAAAAGCAGAAAAGCACCCUCCAAUUAUUCUAAAUUAGCAUACGAAACAACAAAAAAAUGAUAUUGUCUUGUUCUCCACCAGCUUGGCCACCACAACCAAGUGCAGUGCUUCUGUGCCUGUUUGGCUUUCCCAGUGUUAAUGCAAUCAUUGCGCGAGAGGGACGGGGGCUUUUCUUAUGGGGCGCCAUGCUGGAGCCUGGACUGGUUGAGUGCUGUGUCAGAGCCUGUGAACCAGAUCCCCCCUCCCCCCACCACAAAGGAGUUGUGCAGCUCACAUGAGAGGAUGAAUCAGAGCGUCCCAGAGAUUUUUUUUUUGUAAGAGAUGUAUUUUUAGCCUUGCUGUUUCAUGUUGUAAGUAAGAAGUGGGGAGAGAUCUAUUUUCGGAGCCGCGCCGCCAUUUCUUCUUCGACGUUAGUCCAAUCCAUGCAUCAGUCUAAAGUUCUACGGUUAAUGUUUAUUUAUUACGGGGCUGCUAUUUUCAUGAAAGGAACAAUGUCACAAAAAAACUUUAAAAAAAGAGCCUUUUUUUUGUCAUCAGUGUUUAAAAUAAGUCUGUACACACAAUGGGCAGUGUAUUACAUUAACCAGUUGAAUAUGUAGGCAAUAAUAAAGAAACUCUGACAUACGUCUAACACUAAACAGGCAGUUUUACAAUGGAAUUGUUUAUCCGCACCAGUCAAGAUCCAGUUUGAAUGUACAUUUUGUAUAGUGUAAAGUAUUAAGAACAUAGCAAGGUUUGUACAGGUGAACACCAAGUCUUCUGACAGGAAAUCUGAACGUGAAUCUGCGGUAGACUAUUUUUAACAAACUUCCAAUCCAAUUGCUAGUUUCUUUGUCUCCAAAAUGGAGCAUUUAUUGUCAUACACUCGUGUCUUCUUGUACAUGUGUUUUUGGGGUGGGGGGAAAAAAGCUGUGAAAUCGUUCAUACCUACUUUGUAACCAAAGAUGCAAAGCUGUAAUUCGAUUUAUUAUUUUGUAAUGCGCACUUCUGUAUUUUUUUUUUCUUCUCACUUUCACAACAAAAUGUUUUUGUUGCUGUUUAGCAUGUUCUGCAUGAUCUGUAAUCUUCAAACCACUUUCUUACCUCAUAUUUUUAUUCAGCACUCUUAUUGUAAGAUAGUCUGUGAACAAUGUAAAUGGGGAAAAAGACAUGGAGACAAAGAGCUAGGGUUUUGGUAGAGCGAUACAAACAAGUGUUACAUACACUAGCUACAGAAAAUGAAGUGAGCCAUGUUUUGUUCAUUUAAAUGGUGUUUGAAUUUCAUAUGCCAAUAGUUUUGUUACAUUGCAAAUUUAAUGUAUUUAAAUAAAUGCAAUAUUCAGAUUC